UCCUCGACGAGCAUCACGGACCAAAAUUCACCCGAAGCAUUCAGGCAGAAUAUCCAGAUCGCCCUUGACCACGUCGCCAGAGUCGACGCGUUUGCUCGCAGUGCCUUGAACGGAAUCCAGAACGCAUACCAGGCAGGAAGCAGCCCAGCGCAAACGGAAGCGGACCUGGUCGCUCUCGACCAAACUUUACUUAUGCUUGCGGACUUCUUCAAGACCACAGGGCUUGGGGCCUUUCCGCUCCCGCCUUCCGAUCCAGGCGCCGCAUCUGGUCCUCCGACUGAGCAGCACCUCAUCGCAGAGAUGAAUGGAGAAGUUCAGUCUCUUUAUGAGAAACUCAAACGUAUACAGGAAAGUAGCGGUGUCGUUGCGCAACACCUU